AUCGACAUAAACCUAAAACAGCAAAACACAAACAUCAUCGACAGCAAAACAAACAAACAUCAUGAAGUCUGCACCAUCACUCACCCUUUCCUUCUUCUUCCUCUUUGCCAUCACCGCCAUCAACUUCGCAUUAUCCUUCGCAGACCCUUCUGAGAAAGUGCUAGACUCACAAGAAAUUCCCGUUUCUUCUAAUGCAAAAUACUACAUUCUGCCAUUUUUUUCUGGCCCAGAAGGUGGUGGUAUAGCAGUAGGUCUUGCUGGCAACUCAACAUGCCCUGUUACUGUUCUACAAACUACUGAUGAAUCUGACCGUGGCCAGGCAGUCACGUUCGCACAAGGAUCAAGCUCGGGUGCCAUCUUCACACAAAAAGCUUUGGAUAUUGCAUUCGUGGAUAAACCUUUGUGUGCUUCAUCUUCCAAAUGGGUGGUGGUUUCUGAUGAUUUCCCAGAGAAAUGGGUGGGAAUUGGUAAUGCUAGAGAUCACCCAGGGAAGAAGAUAUUGACUGGAUCGUUUAACAUUCAGAGAUUUGAUACGGGUUACAAGCUUGUGUUCUGUGACAGCAGCACCACUUGUUUUAGCAUUGGGAGGCAUGAUGAUGUUAAAGGAAGGCGUCUCGUGUUAACCAAUAAACCCUUUCAGGUUUCGUUUAACAAGGAAAGAACGCACCCUAGUUUGUAG